AUGGUUUGUUCUCAUUUUGUGUAUUUAAGGAAUGAAAGGCCAAAACUAUACCCGGAUUUUAUGCAAAAGUUUUCAACAAAACGGACUUAUUUGUCGAAAAAAAUGUUGGGACAGUUGUAUCGACACUGCGAUCGAUACAGUCACGGUCUCGACACUGGCAAAGAUCUUGAGAUUAAAGCCGAACCUAUCCCUUGUCUCAUAAUAGACGGUUGGGAGAAAUACAAAGAAUCGGCACUCAAUGCUUAUGAAGACUAUAAGCGAAAAGUCAUUUGCCUAUUGAAUACGUUUGGAGUGGAGAGUGAAGCAAAGCUUCUGAGCGGAGCCUUUAGUAAGGCUUCAAAGUAUAUGAACGGAAGAACCGAAACAAACGAUGUCCACGAGUUGUUGGAAAACAUGAUUAACAAACUUUUCAUUGAAUUUAAAGAAAGGUUUAAAAAUGAAUGUCAAACACAAGAGACAGAAGAAAAUUAUGAUAAAUUUGUGGCGGAAAGUGAGCGAAAGCUUAGGGCCAGCGCUUGGUAUAUGACUCCCUUUAAAUUGGAAGAGGAUAUUAAAGAGAGAUAUUUCGGGUUUUCGUGGACUAUAACCGAAGAAGUUUGUAAAUUAAUGGAAAAUAAUACCACAUUUAAUGUGAAUCGAGUGAACCACAAGUGCAACGAUAUGGGCGUACAAUUGCUUCACGACUUCUUUGAACGCAAUUAUUUAUAUCGAGAGCCAGUGAUUGACAGUUCCGUUACGGAUGAGAGCGAUAGACGACAGAUAAUAAUGGAAGAGAGGUUUAAAACGGCAGAUGUGGUGUUGAGAGCGUGGCUCGAAAGACAGGAUCACCUGUUUUUUAAGCGCAAAAUUGGCAGAAAACUCAUUUCCUCGACAGACGCUGUGCUCUCAGAUAUGGACCGCAAAUUACGGCGAGAACUUCAGAGCAGAAAAUUAGAUCUCUUGGCCGAAGCGAGAGAUACAACUAAACCAUUGAAAAGCGCCGCAGAAUUGGUUAUGAAUUUCUUAACAGAAUCUGUAAACGAAUGGUUAGAUAUAAAGACCAUUGACUUAAACAAUCGGGUCGUCGACACGCCAUUAGUUAAGAUCGGAUUCAGCGCUUUGAUUACAUUAAACCACUUCUUUAAAACCCGAGAAAUAUCUCAUAUCAUAUAUUUGGGAAAGAGAUUCAAAAUCUCGCUCAAGACUCCCAUAAGAGAGGCCACAUUUUAUAUACCAUUGCCGCGAACCGAAACCCCCAAAACUGGCGCCGAUUUUCCCUAUAAAACGAAAAUGAGAGAAAGGGAGAGAAAAUAUGUGGAAUAUAUGGUUCAAUAUCCAGAAAUAUUUUGCGAACGAUUGAAUCGAAUGAGUGGCGCCUUAGAGAUAGUUCUGGAGCCCUAUCCCUUGAACAAAAAACAAUUAGAGCACUUCUAUUUGCUGACAGCCACGGGAACGAUGUGGUCACUGCAGACCAUCAAGAGUUUCAUAUGUCAUCCGCAGUUCUUUCAGACUGUUUGCAAUGACGACAAACUAUGGAAACGUAAGAAUUUGUGGCCCAAAGGCAAAGACAAUAAGCAAAACAAGGAAAACAAACAAUCGAAUUGA